AUGCAAACAGGCUCUACCGACUUCCUCAACACCAUUCCCUUGCCAAAUCCGCCUGAGAUUUCGGGCGCAAGCUCCAAUGUCACCCCCAAAACGCUGUGGAUGGGUGAUCUAGAGCCGUGGUGGGACGAAGACUAUAUCACCUCGAUCUGGUCGGCCAUGAACAAGCGGGUGCUGGUCAAGGUAAUCAAACCCAAGCAAAAUUUCAUGCACACGUCGCUUUUCAACCAUUCUGGCUACUGUUUCGUCGAAUUUGAUACCUACGAAGAGGCCAAGGAGGGUCUUUCUCUCAACGGGUCUGCCAUACCAAACUCAAAUGGCAAGGUCUUCAGACUCAAUUGGGCCAGUGGAGCCACGUUGGAUGCGCAAAUUCCACAGACCCCAGAGUUUUCUCUUUUUGUGGGAGACUUGUCUCCCUCUACCACGGAAGCGCACUUGCUGGCUCUGUUUCAGCACCACUUCAGCUCUGUGAAGACAGUGAGGGUGAUGACAGACCCAACCACUGGAUCUUCGAGAUGUUUUGGCUUCGUUCGUUUCACCAGCGAAGAAGACCGCAGAAGGGCCUUGAACGAGAUGAAUGGUGUUUGGUUGGGCGACAGACCAAUCAGAGUUGCUCUUGCAACUCCAAAACAUCAGAACUUGGGAUUAAAGACCAACGGAUCGGAUGAGAGGAUGUUCCUUACGGCAACAGGUCCCCCACCACAUGUUCCAGGUCAAGUUUCUGUGCCUUACUAUGCCACUGCUGGUGUUCCUCUUCCUCAGAUGGGCCAGCAUGGCGGCGCUCCUCCUCAAUCUCUGCAGCAAUCUCAGGUUUUUAACGAUCCAAAUAAUACGACUGUUUUCGUCGGUGGAUUGGCCAAUGGCGUUCCAGAAGAGACUUUAAUCACUCUAUUUGAGCCAUUUGGCAGUAUCGUUCAGGUCAAAAUUCCACCUGGAAAGGGUUGUGGAUUCGUGAAGUUUUCAAAGAGACAGGAUGCAGAGCAGGCGAUUGCCGGUAUGCAGGGAUUCAUAAUCGGAGGAUCACGCGUGAGACUAAGCUGGGGUAGAUCCAAUAACUCGAACUUGAACCAGCAGAUGAUGGUAAAGAGCUAUGAUGGGUAUCAAUCUGUGGCUCCGCAACAAGUGGCUGAAUACGGCACGCCGUUUUAUUAUGCAGCGGAGAUGGCUCCACAGAUGAUGGACCAGCAAAUGCUGGACCAACAAUCUCCUUACAUUUAUCAACAAAUGUUUCCACAGGUGAUUCAGCCGCAGAUUCACCCGCCACAACCUCACCACCUUCACCAGAACCAACAUGUGCCCGUAUUCAAGGAACAGCCAAAUUCAGGUUCGACCCUGGAAACACCACUGACUCCGGACCAAGAGGGUUCAGAACACAAGGGUUCUGACUCUGAAGGGCAACUGGACGGUUUGAAAAGGCUGGAUUAA